CAGUCCGACCGCACUGUUCUAGCGGUCAAGGCUCUGCACGCGCACGCCUGUGCCGAUACCGUGAACUUAUAGAAAAAUAAAACGAAAAAAAAAAGCGCGCGCUCGCGUUCUGUCAAAAUCAAAAGUAUUUAGUAUUUUUUCUUUUGGAAUCGAAUUAGUUUGUAAGUUCGAUGAGUUGUUAAUUAGUUUUUUUUUAGUACGAAUAACUGUUAAAUCCUCAGUGCCGGUGGAUAAUGAGUUCACUGUGAUUGUGAGAGCACUCGUCUUGGUGUCCGUUAAGCAGGAUCAACGGGGCUUCGAAGUGAGCGGCAGGACGAAAAUGCAACAGUCGUAGCGGAGACGAACUAGGAGACAGCACGCAAAAUGGGCCCACCUUUAAGCAUUUGGCCUUACAGCCAACCGAACGCACGUAAAACAAUUCGCACGCAUACAAGUGAACGGAACGCAUCCGAGAAGUGUCUUAUCAAUAAUUACGUAAACAAGUUUCGUGUUUUCUGUAUGAAUUUCACAUUUUUAUUGUUGUUCUUUCAAAUCGUGUUCGGUUUUGGAUACGCGGCCGCCGGAGUCGUCUUGAACAUGGAUUAUUUGCAAGGUCCGGUGCCGAUAGCCAGAAAUAUAAGACAUCUACCGUGCAUAUCAAGAAAGACAGGGCAAGAGGGCCUUUGUAUGUUUGCCAUUGACUGCCUCAAAGCGAAUGGAACACAUCUAGGAGCGUGUGUUGACCGAUUUUAUUUCGGUUCUUGCUGUCAAUUAUCCGAUAAGACGACAAUCCCCCAAAUAGUAGCAAACCACAUUGACGACAACUCUAUAGAUAGUUUCAUUAAAGACGACAAACUAUCAAAUAAAAUACCAGAAAUAUUCGCUACGAAAAAAACUACCACAGAGAAAACGGCAACAACUUUAGCUGACCAAGCUGACGCUGUACAAGAUCGAACUGAAUCUAUGGUUCUUGAGACGAAGUCCGAUGAGCAAACGACUGUUUUCAAUAAAAUCACUGAUAAUAUCAAAUUAACGACAGCUCUCAACGUGGAAACAACUACUAGAACUGAAGCAAAACAUACUGAAGCUAUUACUGAAGUGCCGGUCAGAUUGUCGACAUUCCAAACCGUUUCUGUCGGUUCGAACACUGAAAAAUCGACAGAAAACGGAGAAAAAAUCAAAACGACCACAACAAAACCGUCGUCGACGACUGAGAAAGUCACGAAACCAGUCAAAGUGUCCAUGAGACCUACAAUCAUACGGCCUACAUACAAACCGUAUAAUUACACUAGACCUCAAUACACUCAGUCCACCUAUAGGCCGUCGAAACCAGUUUCCAUCAAACCACUUUCGACCAGGAAACCGCCGUACCGACCUCCGACAAAACGGCCGACCAGAAGACCACUGCCGUCACCGCCUAGAUUGAACAUCACCAUACUCCCACAAACAACACCGAAGCCGCCCAAGCCCAUCAACCUUACUACCGAAGUCGCAACUGACAAGUUCGAACCAACAGAACCGUUAACUUCUACAACGAAUUUCGAAACGACGACAAAUAAACCUAGCGCCGUCUCCGAAGACACCACUGAGAAGGCAACGGUUCAAGAAGAGGUCACUGAAAGAGUAACCAAAAUUGAAACUGAAGCACCCACUUCAGUGCCAAGCUCGACUUCAACAGAAUUCCCGCCCUUUGUGACGUGGUCGAACACAGUGGGCGCUACAACUAAAGCGCCAGAAAAAGAAACAGAAUCAAAUAAGGUCACAGAAUCCGAUGAAGAAACAUGGUCACCUAUAACGCCACCCGCAGGUUGGGUUCUACUAUCGACCGUUCCACCGAAACCGGAUACUUCGUCAACCACAACCACAACGACAAACCAACCAAUCAUCCAGGAAACAACCGAGGUCCCGGAGACAACUUUCGUAACCGAAACAACAGUUAAACACACUACAACGAUAAAAUCGACGACAACUGAGCCAACAACAGUGUCCAAUGAACUAAUAACUUCUACGACAACGCCGAAACCGGUUACAACCGAAAAAGUAGUAACUACGACACCAGAAAUUUUAACUACUCAGAUACCGCUGACAACAACAACAAAAUUUGUAACUACUGAGAAACCGCUGACAACACCAGCACCAACGACGACUACAACCGAACAACCAAAGACCACCCGAAAACCAACAACCACCACCAAAAAACCAGAUACCACAACUCAAACCACAACAACCACUACAACUCAAAUUACAACCACUACAACGCCAACAACAACACAUAAACCGGCUACAGCCCAACCACCAACAACAUCAACGGAAAAACCGAUUACUACAACAGAGAAGCCGGUAAAUUCAACCGGGAAACCAGUUACUUCGUCCGAAGCACCGUUAACCGAGGUUCCAACAGAAUACCAAACGAUUUCAACCUCUGAUGCCCCGGUCUUAGAGUUCACAGUCAAUGUAACUCUUACUCCAAGUCCAUCCUCCACCGAAGCUAUUGGUUUGACCACGCUCAACGCAGUUUCCAGCGAAGCUACGACUGAAAAAGCAAGUAAUGCCACUACUGAAGCUGUAUUGGAGAGCACAACGCAGACCGCAGACGUUGAGACAACAACCGAAUUCAUAAAUAUGUCGGAUUACAAAAACGUAUGCGGUAGGAGGCUGUGGCAGGCGCCGCAGAGCCGGAUCGUGGGGGGAGACAAGUCCACCUUCGGGAUGUGGCCCUGGCAGAUAUCCUUGCGGCAGUACAGGACCUCAACGUAUCUGCACAAGUGCGGGGCGGCUUUGCUCAACGAAAAUUGGGCGAUCACGGCAGCUCAUUGCGUCGAACACGUACCGCCGUCGGAGCUGCUGGUCCGUCUCGGGGAGCACGACCUGGCCAACGAGGAUGAGCCCUACGGAUUCGCCGAGAGACGGGUCCAGAUCAUCGCCAGCCACCCUCACUUCGACCCGGCCACGUUCGAGUACGACCUGGCGCUGUUGAGAUUCUACGAGCCGGUUAAGUUCCAGCCUAAUAUCCUGCCAGUCUGCGUUCCUGACAAUGAUGAUGACUAUGUCGGGAAGACUGCUUACGUCACGGGCUGGGGAAGGCUGUACGACGAGGGCCCGUUGCCGAGUGUACUCCAGGAGGUUCGAGUACCCGUGAUCAACAACACGGCAUGCGAGGCGAUGUACCAGGCCGCCGGCUACAACGAGCACAUACCGAACAUAUUUAUAUGCGCAGGCAGAACCAAAGGCGGGACCGACAGUUGCGAAGGUGAUAGUGGGGGUCCUAUGGUGGUACGCCGCGACCGCGACGACAGGUUCGUCCUGGGCGGCAUCAUAUCCUGGGGCAUCGGUUGCGCCGAGCCGAACCAACCCGGAGUCUACACCCGGAUAUCGGAGUUCAGGGAUUGGAUCAACCAGAUACUGCAGUUCUGAGUGACGUUAUAUUAUUAUAACGGCUUUAACGCGAUUCGAAAUUCGAAUGUUGUAAUUUCGAUAAUAAUAAUAAUUGAAUAAUCGAUAAUCGUAAUUCGUAAAUCGAUAAAUGAAUUUAAAAAAAAAACUGAAAGAAACCAUGUAAAAUAGAACUCAUAGCUAUUGAGGCAUUUCUUAACAAAAUUAUUUAAAUACAAAUAGUUUAAUUAAUUAGCCGGUUCAAUCUUCCCAACAAAUUCGAACGGGUACAUAAUAAAUUAUUAUUUUUAACAAAAUUUAAACAUCAAUGAUUUUGUAGUAAAAUAAUAUACAUCGUAAAAAAAAAGAAUUUUGAACAACGAACAUUUGUGCCACUUAAGUCGUGACUCAUAAAACGUUACAUAUGACACACAAAAGUCACGUAAAGUAUUUGCGUCUCGUUCGCACUUCCAAUAACACAUACACACGAACGAGAAGAAAACAAAAUUAAAUAGUACUACAAUAUAGUUUCAUAUAUUUUUUUGUGUAAAAGAUUACAUCAAACUUCAAAUUACCACAAACGGAACGAUAGAUGGCGUUGUUCUAAAAAAACCAAGACAAUUUGAAAAUAUCAGCAAAUUGCUCGGAAUUUUGCAUCGACAUGAUAACUACAUUUCAAGAAAAUAAAAUAUGGGAAUACUUCACAGCUAAGCAUUGAUUUGAAGCUUUGGACUCACAGCCCCAAUGUGGUUAGUUUCUUCUCUCUCUACCUUAAGUUUUAUUAAAAAGAAAGUAUAAUAUUGCAUUGGAUUCCAGAUCAUUCUUAGUCAAAGUUUAUAUUCGAAUUUAAUUUUUAUAAGCUGUCAAUUGUCAUCUUUUACCCGAUCCAGUUUUUAAGCCUCUAUCCAUGCCAUCUGUUGACAAAAAAGAAAAACUGCAUGUGCCUCAACAAAAAAAAGGUGGUGAAACUAAAAUACAUAGAAAGCUCUCGAAAGUAACAAAGUUAGCAUCAACGAACUUCGAAGUGAUUAAAUUAACCCAUUAAUUUAUUAUUAACUCCAACAACAUGAAAAAAACAUAACUAAACGUAUAAACACUUGCGUUUGAUCCCAGCUGAUCUGCGAAAAAGUUUGAGAAUCGCUGUGAACUACGAACUUUACUUUAGAGAAACUUUUAGUAAUAAGUAAACGAAUUUAUUUUUAAUUUAUCAAUGAAUUUAGUUCUCAAUUUGAAAGGGACAGAUGUCUAGUUGAUUUUGACGUCAACGUUUUGCAAAGAGAAACAAGAGAUGGCGCUAGUAUCAUCAAGAAUAAAAACUUAAGCAAGAACUCUGUGCUUUUAAGCUUACAUUUAAAAACACUAAGAAACACAAUUAAUUAAAUUAGAAAUCUGUUUGUUUAACUUUCUUUAAUUCUUAAUAUUUUUUAUAUUAUUAAAGGUCCGUUUUCUAUUCCAAUUAUUACAACACAAUGUUCCCUUUCAUCUUAAAAGUUAGUAUAUAAAAAAAUUAAGAAUUGUCAAGCACAAUCCGUCCUUAAUUUAUUUUAGUUAAAUAAUAAUUUGUACAUAGACGUCAUUAUUUAUAAUAAAUAAGAGAAUGCAUUUAUUAAAUAUAUUUAUGAUCUAGCCAUAGAUUCAUUAAGGAUUCUUCUCAAUGAUAAUAAAUAUAUUUUUUUUAUCAAAA